AUAAAUGUUGUAUUUUUCUAAUCUUUAAAUCUCCUAUUAUUUUGUACCUAUAGGUAUACGUACCUAUAUUCUUUGUUUUAAUUGAAACAUCAACUUUCUCUGGAGAGUCCUUCGCAUAAUAGAGAUGAAUUCAAUGGAAAGAAUAGUUUUGUGCAUUUUAAUAAUCAUUGCCACGAAUACAAUCCACAUUGCUUUCGGUAAUCAAUACGAACCUUUAUGCGUGAGAAAAAAAAACUUCAGUUACGGGUAUGAAUUGAUACAAACAGUAAGGUACGAUACCGCUGACACGAAUCUUAUCGUAGUAGAAUCUUUCGGCUAUGAAGUAUUAUUAGCAUGCCCAAGAGAAGAUGACUUUGAUUCUCUUGAAAUAGAAAUAAAACAGAAAGAUAAAGCAACCUUCGAUCCUGCUUUUUGCCGAACUGAAAUCCAAUCGCAAUUUUAUACUCCAUCCUGGCCCGUAUUUCCCUGGGGCGUUAUUGGAUUUCCAAUCUUUACACCAGAUGAAAAAAGUCCCAAAUACAACUACUAUGCACAUGUCCCUAAAAACCAUGCGAUAGCAGAAUUAAUUAAAUUCCAAUUUGACUAUGAGCUGCGUCGAAUUAAACUCGUUCACUAUCACAUUGUAGCCGGUGGAUCUCUGAACCCCAAAAUCAGCGAAAGACGUGAAAAUGAAAAAUAUUACGAUGAUCAACUCCUUCUCCACCACGACGUCGACGAGUUAUAUUCCAAAACUUUGCUCCCUGUUGUCAAAGUUCAACUAGCCCCCGCAGAUGAUUUCUUUUUCGCCAAUUGGAAAUCCGCCUCGCGACAUAAUGCCAUAACUGUUCCGAUGUGGAAUACGCUGCUGGAACAGUGGCAAGCUCUAGAAAUAUUCAUACGAAGAGUGGCUCAAAUAAUCGAUUCGGUCCAAAUAAGAACUGGAGUUCACUACGAUAUGCUCACUCAAUCUGAACCUGGUGGCAAUUCUGAAACACUGUACUUACACGAUGGAAAACACCCAAUACCAAAGUACUUUUGGAAAGCUGUCUACAUAGAAAUUGAAAUAACUGUUCUUGAAUCUCUCGCCCGUGGAAUAUUAUUCGUAAUGCACAAUAAUAUCGAUCCGAAUUUCAAUUCAAGUGAACGAAAAAUCUGUCCAAACGAUGAUGUCUCAGAAUUGGGAUGGAAGUUUUUACCCGGCAAUCACUUUAAGUCAUUGAUGUAUGGUUGUUUUUUGAACGAAGAAAAUUUGAAAGCUUUUCAAGAAAAAAUUUUCCCCACACAUGAUCAUAAACCGUUCGAUUUACGCGAUGUACCGGUUAAAGAGUAUGAUAAUGAGGGUAUAUUUCCGACUUGGAACAUUAAAAGAGUAAAUGUUCUCGAUGAAAUGCAGAAAUUGCAGCAAGCUAAAGCAGAACUGUUAAUACAAAACGAAACGAAACGAAAGACUCAAGACGAAACGGCAACUUUUCCCUCUGGACAUGAAACGAAACGAAUCAAAAAAAUUACACAAAACGAAACGUUAUAAUGAAACGAAUCAUUUCUGUUUCUUAAAUUUUUGGCUUUUCAUUGCAAGUUUUUUUUUUGUAAAUUUUGACCAAAUUUUGUCAAAUUCACUCAAAUUUCAUCCAUUUAGAGCCUUUAGAGUGGUUCUCUUUUGCAUUGAUUAAUAAAAAUGUUCGCUUUUAUCACUUUUUUGGCUGAAAGGAAACGAAACGAAAUGAUACCACUUUUAUGGAACGAAACGAAACGGGAUAACGAAACAGUUUGGUUCAAAGAGCUCAACCAAAAUGAAACGAUACGUUUACGUUUCGUGUCCAACAGCCCGUUGAGCUAAAGUUGACGAUAAUCAAAUAUCUAUACCUUGAAUGGCCGGCUAAAAUUUCGUACUGUCUUACAAUUAGACGAAUUUUACUCAGUAGAUAAUAUUAUAUUAAUUAAUUUUUCUAUUCCUAAGAAGAUGUACCUAAUUUAAAUUAGAAUCAGCGUAACGAAGUUAGCUUUGAUAAAAUAAGUAGGUAGGUACCGGUACCUACCUAG